AUGGCAUACAUCGAAGAUAACAUGCUAAAGCAGGGACCAUUUGACGGUAUGCUAGGCGUCUCUCAGGGAGUGCUAAUAGCAGCAGAAUCACCAGGAAUGCAAAGUGAGGGGGGUAAAUUUGGAGGGUCAGUCUUUUCUUCACCAGAGCUGGCUAAAAAUGCCUUUUCUUCACCCAUUGAGAUCUCAUCACCUCACUUUAUAGGAGAGCAUGACUUCGCAAAGGAAAAUGGGCUUGAACUCUUGGAAGCAUUUGUGGAUCCUACAGUGAUAUAUCAUCAUGAAGGUCAUGGUGUACCUCAUUUAGUUGAGGAAGAUGAUGGAACAACCAGACGGCGGAGGAGAGAGAGGAAAACUGAGGCGGAUCAAAGGAGCUCGGGGAGUUCGGGCCAGGAUCCGAAUCCGAAACCGGAUCCGAAAGUGGAGGUCCGUGGUGAUGGAUCGAAUGGAGAGCAAUUGGCAGAUAUAUAUUCUGAUGAGAGAGAAGAGAGUUAUAAAUCGCCGAAUCGAUCGAAGAAAUCGGUGCGGUGGAGUGAGGAAUUGGUGAUGGAAUCUCCUUCUCAAACACCCAUGCCUCAAGAUGAUCGAUCGAAUCCGUACGUUGCCUAUGCUCCUGCGCCGUCCGAUUCAGCAUCGUCCUCCUUCAACUUCAAGAAUACGAUGUAUAGUGUACGAGAUGUGCUAGGGAGAUGGGGGACGAAGGUGGGAGAAGCGACAAAGAAGGCUGAGGAUCUCGCUGGAAACACUUGGCAGCACUGUAAGAUUUCUGACCACUUG